AUGACGUCACAAGAUGGUACGCAUAGCAAGUGCCAUCUCGAAAUAAUCGAGAGCUCAUUCGUUCUUUCUUCCGUGAAUUUACACGCAGGAAAGAAGUAGCAAUGGCGGACGCUGCUCCAGCCGCGCGUGGAGGUUUUCGUGGAGGUUUCGGCUCUCGCGGAGCUGGUGAUCGUGGAGGCCUAAGGGGUCGAGGCCGCGGUGGCAGAGGCAGAGGACGUGGUCGCGGACGUGGCAAGGAAGACAGCAAGGAAUGGGUGCCCGUCACCAAGCUCGGUCGCUUGGUCAGGGAUGGCAAAAUCCAGUCUCUCGAACACAUCUAUCUGUUUUCCUUGCCAAUCAAGGAGUACGAGAUCAUCGACAAGUUCCUCGGGCCGGAUCUAAAAGAUGAGGUUCUGAAGAUCAUGCCUGUGCAGAAGCAGACCAGAGCCGGUCAGCGUACGCGUUUCAAGGCUUUUGUCGCCAUUGGAGAUAGCAACGGCCACAUUGGACUAGGAGUGAAGUGCUCCAAGGAAGUAGCUACCGCGAUCCGCGGUGCCAUCAUCUUGGCCAAGCUGUCCGUUGUGCCGGUUCGACGUGGCUACUGGGGUAACAAGAUCGGCAAGCCGCACACUGUGCCGUGCAAGGUGACCGGCAAGUGCGGCUCCGUGCAGGUGCGUCUGAUACCGGCGCCGAGGGGUACCGGCAUCGUGUCCGCUCCUGUACCUAAGAAGCUGCUGCAGAUGGCCGGUAUCGAGGAUUGCUACACGUCGGCCAGAGGUUCCACCUGUACUCUCGGCAAUUUCGCCAAAGCGACCUACGCUGCGAUCGCGAAGACGUACGCCUACUUGACACCCGACUUGUGGAAGGAACAGGCUCUGGCCAAGGCGCCGUAUCAGGAAUUCGCUGACUAUCUGUCAAAGACCCACAAGGGAGGCGUGAGAGCUGCUGAAGUGGUUUAAAUAAAUGACGAACUCCUGAAGGAGUUUUUGGAAAACUA